CUGCUGAUUGGACGCUGAUGUGAUUGACAGGAUGCAGGGAGGAGGGCGUCCGGACGAAACCAUUCAUCCGACUGAGGAAUAUGUAGAGAUUAAUGAACACCAGCGGGCAUCCAGAUUCGGGUUUCAGGGAGGAUUACGGCCGUGUAUCUGAAUUAGAUGGUGAGAUUAUGAAUCUGGGUAAUUUGGAGCUGGAUUAGCCUCCUGAUCGCAUCCUCACAUCCCUGCGAGCGGACAGGAUGCGGCUGUGACGCUGCGAUGGAAGCCUGCGAAGAUACAGAAAUUCAAACCGCAAAAAGGAUGCGAAUCGAUCCGAAGUCGGGUUAGUGUUUAUUAUCCAUCGCUGUUUGUUUCAUUUCUUCGGCCAUGAUGAUUUCCCUGAGGAGCCUUGCUCAGAUGCUGCUGCUGCUGCUCCAGAGCGGAUACCGGGGGGUCGCGCCGAGCCCAACCGACGAAGGGGCGCUCCGGACCGGCCACGGGGAGCACGGAGAGCCGGGCCACCAGGAGCCGCACAAGGACUCCUACAGCACGUUCGCCUCUGAGUUCCUGGAGUCCAGAUAUCUGUCGGAUGAUGGUUAUCCCUUCCCCACCGCCCCACCAGUCGACCCCUUUGCCAAGAUCAAAGUGAGCGACUGCGGAGUAACCAAAGGCUGCAUAAGGUAUGGGAAGCCCGGGUGUGAUGCAGAGACGUGCGACUACUUCCUGAGUUACCGUCGCAUCGGGACAGAUGUGGAGUACGAGAUGAGUGCAGAUACAGACGGCUGGGUGGCCGUAGGAUUCUCCUCUGAUAAGAAGAUGGGAGGAGACGACGUCAUGGGCUGCGUUCACGAUGACAACGGACGCGUUCGGAUUCAUCACUUCUACAACGUCGGUCAGUGGGCCAAAGAGAUCAAGAGGAACCCGGCUCGAGACGAAGAAGGAAUCUUCGAGAACAACCGGGUGACCUGCCGAUUCAAGCGUCCGUUAUACGUCCCCAGAGAGGAGACGCUGGUCGACCUGCACCUGUCCUGGUAUUACCUGUUUGCAUGGGGACCUGCCAUCCAAGGCUCCAUCACGAGACACGACAUCGACAGCCCUCCAGUCAGCGACCGCAUGAUCAGCAUCUACAAGUACGAGGACGUCUUCAUGCCCUCCACAGCCUACCAGACCUUCAACUCUCCCCUCUGCUUGUUGCUCAUAGUAGCUCUCACCUUCUAUCUGCUGAUGGGAACGCCAUAAAGAAGCACAACAGAGCCAAGAACAAGAGGGAGGAGAAAAGGAUGCAGCAAUAAGAAAACUAAAGUUGCCAUUUUUAUCUGAUGCCACAUUCAAGUGUGCAGUUUGCACAAAACCAGAGACAGUAUUAGAUAAUUAAACAUGAUAGAGUAUAUAUUUACUACCUAUACAGAGGAUUAUUAAACUCAUACUGUAGAGGUGCCAUGUACUGGUGUGAGGAUAAAACAACAGAGUAGUAUUAGUUUAAAACAGGCCAGUUAUUUUCAGUAUUUAUGAUAGCUUCCAUAUAUAAAAAAAAUCUAAA